AUUUCCAUACACCAUUUAAAGCACACAUUGCAUCCCGAGACGUUCUCACUCUAAAUCUUAUACUACUCCCAUAUUUGCAAUUACCUUCCAUUUACGUAAACCGGCCAUGGCCCAUACCGUGUUUCGGGCCAAACAACAAUCAUCGUCUUCACGAGACAAAUCUCUCUUCCUAGCAGCCAUAGUAGCUCUUUUACUUGUCUGUGCUAUUUGGUCUUUUACUGAUCCUUUUCCUAAUUUCUCAAAUUUCUUAUCCAAACAAAACGUUACUUCACCGGAAUAUUGCCCGCCGGACCGGGAAGCCGUUGACCGGAGAUAUGACCCGCCGGAAAAGACAUUCUACGAUGACCCGGAACUCAGUUACACUAUUAAUAAACCUAUCAAAAAUUGGGACGAGAAGAGAAUCCAGUGGCUGAAGCUUCAUCCUUCAUUUGCAGCCGGAAGAGCUAACCGUGUACUCCUCCUCACUGGAUCACAACCCACUCCAUGCAAGUACCCUAAAGGUGAUCAUUUACUCCUAAGGUUUUUUAAAAACAAAGUUGACUACUGUAGAAUCCAUAGCUACGAUAUUUUCUACGGUAACACGUUUUUGCACCCUAAAAUGCGUUCUUAUUGGGCCAAGAUACCGCUUGUUCGGGCCGCCAUGCUGGCCCAUCCUGAAUCCGAGUGGAUUUUAUGGGUUGACUCGGAUGCUAUCUUCACUGACAUGGAUUUCAAAAUCCCACUGCACAAGUACAAGGACUAUAACUUCAUCGUUCAUGGCUGGCCUGAUUUGAUUUUUAAAAAGAAAAGCUGGGUUGCGAUAAAUGCAGGGAUUUUUCUUAUACGAAAUUGUCAGUGGUCCAUGGACUUCUUAGACGUUUGGGCCAAUAUGGGCCCGAAAAGCCCAGAAUACAAGCAGUGGGGCAAAAUAUUACGGUCAACUUUCAAGGAUAAAAUCUUCCCGGAGUCCGACGAUCAAUCGGCACUGAGCUAUAUUAUAAUGAAAGGAGAAGAAAAAUGGAGGAGCAAAAUUCAUGCGAUUACUGAUUACUCUUUACACGGAUACUGGUUAGGAAUAGUAGAUAGAUUUGAUAACAUCACGGGAAAUUACGUGAAGAUAGACAGAGAUGUACCGAAGUUGCGGAGGAGACACGCGGAGGCAGUAAGCGAGAGUUACGCGGCGGCGAGGGAGCCGUUGGUGGCGGAGGGCGGUGAUUGGAAGGGUGGUUGGAGGCGGCCGUUUAUAACUCACUUCACGGGAUGUCAGCCGUGUAGUGGGGACCAUGCAGCGGAGUAUGUGGGUGAUAAAUGUUGGGUGGGAAUGGAAAGAGCGUUAAACUUUGCGGAUAAUCAGGUGCUACGUAAUUUUGGAUUCAUGCACAAUGAUAUCAAAAGCAAUUCACCUGUCUCUCCGGUAAAUUUUGAUUUUCCAGCUGAAGAGGUAGAAGAAUUCGUGUGAAUUAACAACUCACAUCUCAGUUUUUACUGUAGGAUUCUUGCUACGUACGUUCAUAAGUCUUGUGAAUUUUGGAUGCGGUUUAAUUCCAGUCAAUUGAUCUAGAUUUUACCGCUAUUACUGCUGUAUUUGAUAGUUUAUUAUUGGAAUAGCAACAAGUUUUUAUAAUCCCAUACAAAAACAAUGGUACAAGUUUUACCUCAA